UCUUUGGGUCUUGCCGGCCCUAUAGGGUCGUAGCGUCGUUUCCAAGCGAACAGGUCUGUAAAAAGGGAAUUCUAUGAUCUUACUCCAAGUAUUUCCCACUUCCAUACCACCCCACCAGAAAGUCCUCGUCUCUCUCUCUCUCUCUCUCUCUCUCCACAACUCCCAUGGCUGACACCGACUCUAUCACCGCCGCCGCCGCCUCCUGCUCCGCCGCCGCAACGGUGGCGGAGGCCAAACCUCCGGAAACCAAACUCUCAUGGGGCGACAUAGCCGACGAACCCGAAGAAAAAGACGCCCCAUCAACAUCCGACGAAAAAUCCACCUCCGACGAUCUGAAGAUCGAAUCUUUAGCCAUAGACGAGACCAAAAAAGUCCACAAGUUCCUCGACGACCCCGAAGACUCGAACAUCAAAGUUAUAGCGGGCGAUACUAUGUAUAACUCUGCGAAGUCGUUCGAGGAUUUGAAAUUGUCUCCGGACUUGUUGAAGGGUUUAUAUGUGGAAAUGAAAUUUGAGAGGCCGAGUAAGAUUCAAGCGAUCAGUUUGCCGAUGAUUUUGACUCCUCCGUACAAGCACUUGAUUGCUCAAGCACAUAAUGGUUCUGGAAAGACUACUUGUUUCGUGCUUGGCAUGUUGAGCCGUGUUGAUCCCAAAGUCAGUGCUCCUCAGGCUCUCUGUAUCUGCCCUACUCGAGAAUUGGCGAUUCAGAACAUGGAAGUACUUAAGAAGAUGGGAAAGUAUACAGGAAUUACUUCGGAAUGUGCUAUACCAAUGGAUAGCACCAAUUAUAUGCCAAUUUCAAAGCGACCACCAAUUAUGGCUCAAGUGGUGAUUGGCACUCCUGGUACCAUCAAUAAAUGGGUUUCAGCAAAGAAAUUGGGCAUGAGUUUUUUGAGGAUUCUUGUUUUUGAUGAAGCUGACCACAUGUUGGCAGAGCUCAUUAAGAUUGUUGUGGUGCAGAGUGGCUUUAAAGAUGAUUCCGUGAGGAUAAUGAAGGCUAUUGUCAGAAGCACUCCAGACUGCCAGGUGCUUCUUUUUUCUGCCACUUUUGAUGAUGCUGUCAGGGCCUUUGUAUCGAAGAUUGUUAAAGAUCUCUUCCAAGGAGAUUACAACCAAAUGUUUGUUAACAAAGAAGAACUGUCCUUGGAAUCUGUAAAGCAGUACAAAGUGAAGUGUCCUGAUGAACUUGCAAAGAUAAUGGUAAUUAAGGACAGAAUUUUUGAAUUAGGACAGAGGGUGGGACAGACAAUUAUUUUUGUUCGCACGAGAAAUAGUGCAAGCAUGCUUCAUAAAGCACUUACUAAUGAUGGCUACAAGGUCACGACUAUUCAAGGUGCUCUCAAGCAAGAAGAUAGGGACAAGAUUGUCAAGGAGUUUAAAGAUGGAUUAACUCAAGUACUCAUAUCAACUGAUCUGCUUGCCCGGGGUUUUGACCAACCACAGGUUAAUUUGGUUGUCAAUUUUGAUCUUCCGGUGAAGCAUGACUCCCCAUCAGAACCUGACUGUGAGGUGUACUUGCAUCGGGUUUGGAGGGCAGGACGUUUUGGCCGCAAGGGAGCCGUGUUGAAUUUGCUGUGUAAUGAUAGAGAUGUUAUGAUCAUGGCCAAGAUUGAGAGACACUUCAACAUGGAAAUAGCUGAGGAUAUGAGUCGACGUGUAUCUGCUCGGGCUUCCAAAAAGGCUAGGGAUUCCUCAUCUUCGGCGUCACUGCCACCGCCACCACCGUCACCACCAUCCUCGCCACCACCACCGGGUGACUUGCCACGGCCGGAGUGGGCUUCACGCCCUCUUCACAAGCUCACGCAGUUCAACAUGCCAUUUUUCCAGCGUGACGAGGACACUACUUGGGCCGUUGAGCAGCUUCGACUUCGGCAACAGUUAGGCAUUUGCGCUGUGACAGCACCCACUUAUCCUCGUCUGGUACGACUAUUCUACCAGAACCUGUAUGAGACAACCACCGAUGAUGGACUACUUUCUAACAUUGAUGGUCAGGCUGUCCAUAUCACCUCAUCCAUGAUUGCCACAGUGUUAGGGUUUCUCGCCAAGCCCAAAUAUCAGCUCUUCCCGGCAGUUGAGGAUCGACAGCCCAUAUAUAGCCUCAUCCAACAAUACUUCUCGGGGGGCCAAGGUGACCUCAGUUUCACAUGCUUGCGGCGGAGCAAGCUGCCUAGUCGCUUGCUAUUCCUUGAUUCCGUAGUCCGUAAGAAUGUCCUUCCACUUGGGCCUCGAGCUGAGCUACGUUUAGAGUUUGUUCGUCUCUUACACGGGUAUCAGUAUGGCUAUCAGGUCCCGCUUGCGCAUGCCAUUUGGAUGCAUUUGCGGAAAUUUCUACGGGAGGCAGUUCGGCCUAAUCCUAUGCAGAACCUGACUUGGCCACUACCAUUUGCCAAUUUGUUGACACUUGUGUUUGAGCUAAACCACCUCCGCAUUGCUGAGGAUGAGGAGAUUGAUAGAGGAUAUCCGACUUUCGGCCAGCGAGAAUGGCAGCAUAGCAUAUCCCGCAUCCUGCAGCCGGUUGGUGUCCUAGUUGAUGAGGCCCAAUACCCCGUACACGACCACCCACCUCAUCCUGUUCCCCCCGUGCCUCCCCAAGGGGACCCACUCUACAUGACUCGCGAGAAGUACUUACAGCUUCAGCACUCUGUGGAUCAGGUCCACAGUACUCUUCGCGAUCAUCACCAGAGCCUCAUGGAGUUGCGCAGGGAUUUUCAGGCGCAUCGCGACUAUUCUCGGGCGAUCUUCGACCAGCUGCUCGCCCACCAACAACGGGUUCAAGAAGACACCUUUGAGACGCGCUCUUUGAUGCAAGCCUUGUUCGCCCAGCAUCUCCUGCCACCACCACCACCACCACCACCGGCUUCCCCGUAGUACCCGCCUAUAUAUUGUUUUGUCUCUUUUAUUUUUAUUUUUAUUUUUCUUUUUAGUUCUUUCUUCUCUUCAAAAAAAAAAAAAGAGUAUAAAGUGUGUAUAUAUUCCUCUCUGCCUAUCUAGAUGUGCAUCUACAACUAUGGUAAUAUUAUCUCAUUUCUCUUUAUUUUUC